AUGAGUAGAGAGUGUGGUCACCAACACGAAAUCUACUCGGACAUGACCGAGGAAUGGAUGUUCCUGGGAUCGGUGGACAUUGAGAAACUGACGAUGUUCCUCCUCCUCCUUCUCGAUCUGGCCAUUCUGAGUGUAUUCACGGCCAUGAUUAUCCACAUUGUGCUCACCAUGAAGUAUCCCUACAGUCAACGCUACAGGGGCGAGAAGGCGUACAUGCGCACAGGCGAGUAUCUCUUCACGGGUGAGUAUUUCGGUGAUGAUGGCGAGAAGAAUAGCCAACUGUCGAUGAGCACGUAUACCCUUCGUAUCAAGUCCGUACUGUUCAGGGGUACUGAAAAUCGCGGAAGGCUUUCAAGAUCCUCCAAUUCUUCCCACGUGAGUAAAGUGAUCGCCCCAGUAUAA